UAACAGAAAAGAGUUUUAUGAAAAGCAGGGCCUCUAUACACCUCAUAAGAGAUAUAUACGAAAUCGUAAAACCACGUAGAUAUUACGUGGAACAGCUUCUUCCUAGUGCAAUGAAUAUUUGGUACGUUUUCUUAAUCGAAUUCUUCCGCAUAGGUAACCCGCCCGGGGUUUGAUUAGGAAUGGACCGGGGACGGUCGAGUCUCUCAUACCGAAUCCGCGGGGCGUAAAUUCCACGAAUGUAAAUCCUUCAAAUACGUUCUCGUAGUUUCUCCCCAUCUCUAGACGCCAUCGCCCUUCAAGAUCGAGAAUAGAGGAGAGGAGCAAAGCAGGUUAGCAACAGAGAGAGAGAGAGAAGAGGGGGGGGGGAGGGGGGACACACGGGCACGGCCAAGAUGAUGAUCCUACCGGUCGUGGAUUUCGCCCGGAAGCGUCGGCUACAAAACAACCACAACCACAACCACCCUGCGGACCCAUCGGCUUCACAUGCAUCCGCCCUGGCCCUCCGGCCCACAUCCAUGGACGAGCCCGCCAUCGCCGCCCGCAUCCGCCUCGAGGAGAAGCUCCGCGGCCACCCCUCCACCAGACGGACUAGUAGAUUUUUGCUGCGUGAUGGUGGCGGUGUAGAGAGCUCGAGGCCGCCGCCACCUCCACCGGUGGCGACAAACAACACUAGCCAAAGGGUGGUGGCAGGGAAAGGGAACUCUAAUCCCAGGUUUGCGCUGAGUAGGACGGCAUCGAGGGUGGACGUAUGCGCGGUGUGUCUGGAAGAGGUGGCGACGGCAAGUAAUGCGCAGAAGAAGGUGACACGACUGCCGUGCUCCCACAAGUUCCACUCCGACUGCGUCCUCCCCUGGCUCGCCAGCCAUCCCGACUGUCCCUGCUGCCGCACGCCCGUUCCUUCUCUCAGCGCGCUCUCGUAAAACAGCAUCAAAACAUCAUUUUUUUUUAUCUCUAUGCUAUUUUUCAGUUUUUGUACAGCGCCUUUCCUAGCUCGCAAGUUGAACAUAUUGUACCUCAGGGUUAAGGAAGGUACCUAAAUGCACUGCAAAACAAACAUUUUAAUCGGAUUGUCGAUUUGCCUUUUCGGAUGUUCUUAAUUUAGUCCCUAAUCUCUAUAAUUUA